AAAUAAAUAAAAAUAAAAAAAAAAAUAAGCAUUCUUUUAUAUAUUUUGAAAAAAAAAAUGGGAAAUCAGGAUUAUUACAGCAUACUUGGUGUAUCUAAAAACGCAACUGAUACUGAAAUCAAAAAAGCAUAUCACAAACAAGCUUUAAAAUUUCAUCCUGAUCGCAACAAAGAUAAAUUAGCUAAAUGUCAAUUUCAACAAAUCAGUGAAGCAUUUGAAGUGCUCAGUAAUAAAAGGAAAUAUUGUCCUUAUGAUGAAGAUAGUCGUACAACAUGUAGCUUUAAUAAUCACGAUGAUACAUCAUUAAGUCCAGAAGAAUUGUUUGCCCAUUUAUUUUCAGAUACAGCAGCAGCAUCCUAUUCAAGUAGUAGCAGUAGUAGUGAUGAGGAUGAUUUUUAUGAUCUAUUUGAUCAAGUGUGUGACCCACCUUAUCAUUAUCAACAAAAGCCUCAAUCUGUAAAGCGUUCUUUACCUAUUUCUCUAAGCGAUCUCUAUACAGGAACAACAAAACGUUUAAAAGUGACUCGUCAAUUAUUGAACAAGACAACAACAAAUAAAAUAUUAUCAGUUCAUAUUCAACCAGGUUCAAAACAAGGUACAAAACUAUAUUUCCCUGGUGAAGGUGAUGCUUUACCCUCUGGUCAAAAUCAGGAUAUCGAAUUUGAAAUUCAAGAAAAGCCUCAUGAGAUAUUUACUCGUAAGGGCGAUCAUCUUUACACAACACUUCAAAUUUCAUUGCUUGAGGCGCUUACUGGAUUUGAAAAAUCUAUACCAAAAUUAGAUGGUUCGUCUUACUUGAUUAAGAUUCAAAAUCGGAUUAUUCAAACCGGCCAAAAGGAAAUCAUUCAUGGAGAAGGUAUGCCAAAUAUGUUGACUGGUAAAAAAGGCGACAUGAUUGUUCAGUUCCAAGUUCAAUUUCCAGAGACAUUAACAGAGGAACAGUGUAGAACAUUAAAGAGCGUAUUUACAUCCUAAGAAGAAAUCACUUACUCUCUCUCCCUCUAAUGAUAGAAUACAUAUAUUUAUAGAUAAUCUAUACCCUUACCCUUACUUUUUUUUUUCUUUUAUUUGUUUAAAAUUAGCCUCUUCUUCUUUAUAAAUAAAAGAGAAUGUACAUAACAAUAAUGUAGUAGUAC